AUGGCCAUGCUGCUGGACGGCGGCCCGCAGUUCCCCACCCUGGGAGUCGGGGGCUUCGGGGCCCCUCGCCACCACGAGGGGCCCGGCCGCGACCCCGGCGCCGGGAUGGGGCUGGGCCCCUUCGGGGACGCCUCGCACGCGGCGGCCUUUAAGCUCAGCCCGGCCGCCCACGAGCUCUCGUCCGGGCAGAGCUCGGCGUUCACCCCGCAAGGCUCGGGCUAUGCCAACGCGCUGGGGCACCACCACCACCACCACCACGCCGGCCAGGUGCCCGCCUACGGGGGCGCGGCCGCCGCCUUCAACUCCACGCGGGACUUUCUCUUUCGCCAGCGGGGCUCCGGCCUGGGGGAACCCGCCUCCAGCGGCGCCCAGCACGGCAUCUUCGGCGGCUCCCCCGGCAGCCUGCACGGGCCGCCGGGCAUUACGGAGAGCCCGGGCUACUUGCUCUUCCCGGGGCUGCACGAGCAGAGCCCCAGCCACCCCUCCCCCGGCGGGCACGUGGAGAACGGGCAAAUGCACCUGGGGCUGCGGGGGGAUCUCUUCGGCCGGCCGGACCCUUACCGGGCCGUCUCCAGCCCCCGCACGGACCCGUACGCCGGCGCCCAGUUCCACAACUACAACCCCAUGAACAUGAAUAUGGGCAUGAACGUGGCGGCCCAUCACCACCACGGCCCGGGGGCUUUCUUCCGCUACAUGCGCCAGCCCAUCAAGCAAGAGCUGUCCUGCAAGUGGGUGGAGGAGAGCCAGAUCAACCGGCCCAAAAAGAGCUGCGACCGGACGUUCAGCACCAUGCACGAACUGGUCACCCAUGUGACGAUGGAGCAUGUCGGGGGGCCGGAGCAGAACAACCACAUCUGCUACUGGGAGGAAUGUCCGAGGGAAGGCAAGUCCUUCAAGGCGAAAUACAAACUGGUGAACCACAUUCGGGUUCACACGGGGGAAAAGCCAUUCCCGUGCCCGUUCCCAGGCUGCGGGAAAAUCUUUGCCAGGUCCGAGAAUCUGAAGAUCCACAAAAGGACGCACACAGGUAAGGAGGGAGACGGAAAAUGGGGUGCAUGAAUCAUGAAACGGUGGGAAUUAAAGAAACCCCCAUCGAAUCCAAAUACUCCCCCCAACGAUCACACGGCGCCAGACCGAAAAGCGGGAGUGGGACUCAAACGCUACUUUCCCCAGUUUGGAGCUAAGCUACAUUUU